AUGGGCAAAGAGAAGACCCACAUCAACAUAGUGGUGAUUGGGCAUGUGGACUCUGGCAAGUCAACCACCACAGGCCACCUCAUCUACAAAUGUGGAGGCAUAGACAAGCGUACCAUAGAGAAAUUUGAGAAGGAGGCAGCUGAGAUGGGAAAAGGCUCUUUCAAAUAUGCCUGGGUGCUGGACAAGCUGAAAGCUGAACGGGAGCGAGGGAUCACCAUCGACAUCUCCCUGUGGAAGUUCGAAACUAACAAAUUCUACAUUACCAUCAUUGAUGCUCCCGGCCACAGGGACUUCAUAAAGAACAUGAUCACUGGGACCUCUCAGGCUGACUGUGCAGUGCUGAUUGUGGCUGCUGGCACGGGUGAGUUUGAAGCUGGCAUCUCCAAGAGUGGGCAAACCCGUGAGCAUGCCCUCUUGGCCUAUACUUUGGGAGUGAAGCAGCUCGUCGUUGGGGUGAACAAGAUGGACUCCACGGAGCCUCCUUACAGCAGCAAGCGCUACCAGGAGAUUUCCAAGGAAGUGAGUGCCUACAUCAAGAAGAUUGGCUACAACCCAGCCACUGUGGCCUUUGUGCCCAUCUCUGGGUGGCAUGGAGACAACAUGUUGGAGCCCAGCAGUAACAUGCCUUGGUUCAAGGGCUGGAGCAUCACCAGGAAGGAAGGCAAUGCCUCUGGCACCACUUUGCUGGAAGCUCUGGAUUCUAUUAUCCCUCCUUCCCGCCCUGUUAACAAGCCCCUUCGCCUUCCUCUGCAGGAUGUCUACAAGAUUGGUGGCAUUGGCACUGUCCCGGUGGGCAGGGUGGAAACAGGGUUCCUGAAGGCCGGCAUGGUGGUCACCUUCGCCCCCAGCAACAUCACCACAGAGGUGAAGUCUGUGGAAAUGCACCAUGAGGCGCUGGCGGAGGCCCUGCCAGGAGACAACGUGGGCUUCAAUGUCAAGAAUGUGUCGGUGAAAGACAUCCGCCGUGGGAACGUGGCUGGGGACAGCAAGAACGACCCUCCCAUGGAGGCAGGCAGCUUUGCAGCCCAGGUGAUCAUCUUGAACCAUCCGGGCCAGAUCUCAGCAGGCUAUGCCCCAGUCCUGGACUGCCACACAGCCCAUACCUCCUGUAAGUUUGCUGAGCUGAAGGAGAAGAUUGAUCGCAGGUCUGGCAAGAAGCUGGAGGAUGACCCCAAAUCCCUGAAGACUGGUGAUGCGGCCAUUGUUCAGAUGAUCCCUGGCAAGCCCAUGUGUGUGGAGAGCUUCUCUGAAUACCCACCUCUUGGUCGUUUUGCUGUUCGGGACAUGAGGCAGACAGUGGCCGUGGGUGUAAUUAAGUCUGUGGAGAAGAAGGCUAGCGGGGCAGCUAAAAUAACUAAGUCUGCCAUAAAGGCCAGUAAAAAGUGAAGAGCUUCUUGUCCCCCCCCCCCCAAAAAAGCAUCAACAGCUGGUGCUUAGGCUCUUUCUGAUCCCUGACUGGAGCCUGGCCUCACUAAAAC